AAUAGACAUGAACACAAGGCUAGCUAAUUGGCUAAACAAACCAACCCUUUAUUUCUCUCAUCUACUUCACUUGUUCUCUUCAUUACAAAGUGAAAAACAAACACAAACCUGUGUUUGAUUUCGUGUGUGAACUUAACAAAACUAGGAGAAUUGGAAAGCGAGAUUUCAGCUGAACAUCAUUGCUCCCAAUAUCUCGGAUCAGAUCAUCACUUCAUCACAACAACAAUAACACCAUCAACAACAACCCAAUUGCCUCCUCCUUCUUCCUCCUCUUCUUCCAUGGCGGCUGGUCCAGGAUCACCCACCACAACCACCACCACCGAUCAAGCUCCGGCGGCGCCACACCACCAACCGAUGGUGGUCUCCGAUUCCUUCGCUAAGGACGCAAUCUUAGCCUGGUUUCGAGGAGAAUUCGCCGCUGCUAACGCGAUCAUUGACGCCCUCUGUGCCCACCUGGCCUCCUCCUCCUCCGCUGCAGACUACAGCCCUGUGUUCGCCGCCAUCCACCGCCGCAGGCUCAACUGGAUCCCUGUCAUCCAGAUGCAGAAGUACCACUCCAUUGCCGACGUCGCGCUCCAGCUCCGCAAGGUCGCUGAUAUGCAAUCUUCCCCGCCGCCGGAGAUUCCCCACGUAAACGACGUCGCCGCCGCCGAGGCCAAACAGAAAACCGAUGAGAAAGUAAUCGAAGCUGGCGUUGAAAAUGGAGAACAUGAAGAGGAUGAUUCUCCAGAAAGUGAGAUUACUGAUUCAGGAUCUCAAGAAAAUCAAGCUAACUCAAUGAACAUUAAUAUAUGCUCCAAUCAUGAAGAGUGUGAAGGGCGUUCUUCACAGUUUAAGUUGACAAAAGGUUUCACAGCAAAGGAGUCAGUGAAGGGGCAUAUGGUGAAUGUUGUGAAAGGGUUGAAGUUAUAUGAGGACAUUUUCAAUGAUUCAGAAAUGAGCAAGCUGUCAGAUUUUGUGAGAGAGAUCCAUGCUGCUGGUCAGAAUGGAGAACUCUCAGGUGAAACUUUUAUCUUAUUCAACAAACAGAUCAAGGGGAACAAGAGAGAGCUGAUUCAGCUGGGUGCUCCAAUUUUUGGACAGAUAAAGGAGGAUGCAAAAAGCAAUAUAGAGCCAAUUCCAGCACUUCUGCAACGUGUCAUUGAUCACCUUAUUCAAUGGCAAUUAAUUCCAGAGUACAAAAGGCCAAAUGGUUGUAUAAUUAACUUUUUUGAAGAGGGGGAGUUUUCUCAGCCAUUCCUGAAACCACCGCACCUGGAUCAACCUGUAUCCACUCUUCUUCUCUCUGAAUCAAAUAUGGCUUUCGGGCAUAUCCUUAUAAGUGAAAAUGAUGGGAAUUACAAGGGACCACUCAUGCUCUCAUUGAAGAAGGGGUCGCUCUUAAUAAUGAGAGGAAACAGUGCUGACAUGGCUAGGCACGUAAUGUGUCCAUCCCCUAACAGAAGGAUCAGCAUCACCUUCUUCAGAGUGAGACCAGACUCCAAUCAAUGCCAAUCAGCAACCCCUCCCAUGACAAAUGCUAUGACUCUGUGGCAACCUGGCAUGGCUGCUAGCCCCUAUGCUCUGCAUAAUGGUGCUGCUCUAAAUGGCUAUGAGAGCAUGGAUAUGAUGAUGAUGCCCAAAUGGGGAAUGCUUCGAGCUCCAAUGGUGAUGCUAGCCGCCCCUAUGCGUCCAAUGCCAUUAAAUCCCCGCAAGCUUGCUGGUGGCGGCACUGGGGUCUUCCUGCCAUGGAAUGUGCCAUCUAGAAAGCCUGCAAAGCAUCUUCCACCGCGUGCACAAAAAGGAAGGCUUCUGGCAUUGCCCUCCCCCGCUGAACCACACAUGGGAGAGUCAAGCUCUGAACCCAGCAUUUGUGUUGAGGGAUGAGAACAUGUUUGGUUCUGAAGCAGCCUUGGGUUCAGAGAAAUGUGAAUCAAGAAAGGUGGCUUUCACACCUCACCACUUUAUUUGUUGUACAAACACGGAACGGCCUAUCCAAGAUGCUGCUUGAAGAGUUUGGUUCAUUCUUUUUUUCUUUUUUCACCACUUUUUCUCCCCCUUGGAUAGAUUAGGUUCUAGUGAUGUUCACUAUGGUUUUUUAUGUUUGCCAAUCACAGUAAGCGCUUCGGUAGAGUGGUCCAGGUUUCAACUUUGAAGAGUGUGAAUUAUCUGACGGUAGCAUUUUGUAAGAAUGAUAUUUUAAGUUAAUCAUCUUUUUAACAAAUCAAA